UAUGCUGGCUGAAGCGUCGACCAAUGGUCGUGUUACAUGGGCUGGACGGUACUCAAUGUAACCCCCGCUUCUUAAUCCCAUUUCGAACGAGACUUGAGAUACGAUUCGACACCAGACAAACGAAGAAGGCAGACAAAACAAGUCGCCCACUAUGGCUACAGAAACAGUCACCGCAACGACGGAGCUCCGUCUCGCAUCGCCCAGCGGCAUCGUCACACGAAAGAUCCUCUGCACCCCCCUCCGCGACGCCCUGCCGUUUGAAAUCCCCAUCAUCGACAUCUCGCCAAUAUUCAGCUCGUCGCUCGACGAGAGGCAGGCCGUAGCCCAGCAGGUGCGCGCCGCCGCGCAGAACAUGGGCUUCUUCUACAUCAAGAAUCACGGCAUCCCUGCAAAGGUGACGCAGGACGUGUAUGAAGCUGGGUUGGAGUUUUUCAGACAGGACUUGGAGAUCAAGAUGAGGGCGGAUUCGAGCGGGACGAGGUGGGAUAAGGGAUACCAGGGGCCGAAUACGCAGCGGUUGAAUCCAGUUGAGAGUGUUGAUUUGCGGGAGUCGUUUUCGUAUCAGUAUGAUCCAAGGUAUGAUGACACUGUUGGGGAGGAUGGGAUGGGGGAUAUACCGGAGGAGGCGAGGGAGUAUUUGGCUUGGGAGGAUGAUUAUCCGUGGGAGCAGACGAGGAAUUUGCCGCGGUUGAAGGAGAGCAUGAUGAGGCAUAUGGGGGAGUGUUUGAGGUUGGCGAGGGCGCUGACGAGAUGUUUUGCGUUGUCGUUGGGGUUGGAGGAGGGAUUGUUUGAUGAGAAGGUGAGGUAUCCGGGUUCGUCGUACGUGAUUAGCUACUACCCCCCGAUUGAGCCUUCUACGGAACAAGAUGCAGGGAAGAGUGAGGAGGAGGAUGAUAAGAAGGUGUCGAUUGGAUCGCAUACGGACUUUCAGCUAUUUACGAUUCUAUGGCAGGAUUUACACGGCGGACUUGAGGUUCUCAACAAGGAGGGCCAAUGGCUGCGCGCGAAGCCGAUAGAUGGCACGCUGGUUGUGAAUCUGGGGGAUUGCAUGCAACGAAUUACGAAUGACGAGUACACGAGUACGGUUCACCGGGCGAGGAAUUAUAGUGGCAAGGAGAGGGUGAGCAUUCCCAUCUUUUGGGGGUUUGGGCUGCAUGAGACGUGUAGUGUUGUUGUUGAGGGGGAGAAGAAGUAUGAGGAUGUCAAGUGUGCGGAUUGGAUCAUGAUGCGGAUUCGAGAGAUGAAGCAGUUGGAGUGAGAAGAUAAUUGAGAUUUAUUACUAUGGAUCAGCUUAACUGUUGUUGUUUUCUUCUUGGGGGUAUUGUGAGGAAUACUGCAUGUGGUGGUGGAAUGUAGCUGGGAGGGGGGGGGGAUAGAAGGCUACCUAUUUUGGUAGGUAGGUGAUGGAUGACGCCGUGAGGGCAUCAUGAGGGCGAAAACUGAGCAUGAGGCAAAACCACCAUGAGACACAUCGGACCUGGUGAACAGUGAACCAUGCAAAAGCGAGCAAAAGGGCCAUUUCUGAUUCUCAGCAAUCUAGAUCAGGAGAUCGCCUUCAAGGGAACAACUAUUGCGUCAUGACGGAGGCGUUUCGGGGGAAGCUCCGGCCGAUGUACGGAGGUGUUUGAUUGAACAGCUAUAGCUAUAGAUAGAAAUACCGAAUUCA